AUGAAGAUCGUUCUGUUACUGUUGGUGGUUGUUACAGUAGCACAAGCCUUCAGACAACAAUCUGUCGGUAUAAAGGGAACAUUACUGUGCGGUAAAGUGCCUUUGAAGGACACUCAAGUCAAGUUGUGGAAUAAGAACAAACUCGGUAAGUAGCUUGUGAGGUUACUGUAUUUCUUUUGCGAGGGUUGCUGUGUUUAUGCUCUAUAUCAUACUAUAGUUGUGGAUAUACACAAGAAAGGGUUAGCUUGAAGAUAGUAUAAGUUUACUAUGAGAAAUUAUGAAGGUCAUAAUGUAAAAUACAUUGCAACUACCGUAAUCUUAUAGGUACGGACGAUCAGCUAGCAGCUGCAAAGACUGAUGCCAACGGCAAAUUUGAACUUCAAGGAGGUGUUGGAAGCAUGUUUGGUAUGAACGUUCACUUCAAGGUCUACCACGAUUGUGAUGAUGGUGCUGUGGUAUGUGUUUUGUAGUAUCAGAAGAUAUACGCCACUACGGUCAAGCUUAUUAUAAUAGACAGCAUCAUGAUGUGUAAUACUUAAAAGAAACUCUUCUUCUAUGGUAAUAUACAAUUUGAUCAAAUUGUUAUCUUUACGGUACGUAACACUUUGUUUUCAGCCUUGUCAACGUAAGGUAGACAUGGGUAUUCCAUCUCAGUACGUGACCAGAACAGAAAAGGUGGACAAGUGGUUCGAAGCUGGCACCAUCAACAUGGAGUUCAAGGUAAGCGAGCUGAUAUGAUUGUAAAGAUACUGUAUUUAAGAAUAUACAGUUUACUAUAGCUAAAGCAGAUUACUUUGCUUUCUUCUGGAAACUUGAAUUACUUUAAUCAAGGUAAUUCGAAAAGUUUGUUCAAAGUAAACUAAUUAAAGUGUUAGAGUAAUGAGUGACAGUAACAUAAAAACAAUACCGUGAAACCCAAUCUGUCACUUCCUGUUUCCAAACUAAUGUCACAAAGUGUCAUUGACAGUCGUGGAAUGUCAUCUACUGUCAAGAGAUGUCAUCGGAUGACGUUCCGUGACAUCAACAGUUUGUUGGCCCAAUAUAACUCAUAACCUCACGAAUGACAGAGUUAAUUGCAGUUCCCGGACGAAGAGCGGAGUUGCAUCAAUUAG